UAGAUCAUGGUCCAAACCCGCCUGGGUUUGAAUUCCUUUUCUGCCUUUGACCAGCUAAGUACCUUGGGCAAGUAAUUGAGCCUCUCUCUGCCUGUGUUUCCUCAUAUGUCUGAAGCGUUCAUAACAGUACCUACUUCAUAGGCUCACUGGAAGAACUUUGAAUUUAGUGAGCCGUAUAUGUGUUAGUCAUUAGUAGUGACACGUUUCCUUAAUGAAAUGAAUUAAGCUGACACCUGUUGAGGAGAGGCAAGAAGAAACAAACUCUGACACUGGUGUGUCUCAUCCCUUCUUCAACCAAACAUUUCCACUUUGAUGUAUUUUUAAUCUCUGAUUAUGAUUUUAUACAUAAAAGGAGUUUCAAUGCUAACAAAAACAUUUGGCGUGUUUCUUCCAAUUGUAAAAGUCCACAGACUCAUGAGACCAAUGCUAGAUAUUGUAGACAAAUGCUGUCAAAGUUUAGUGUGCAUACAAAUCACAUGGGGAUCUGAGUCAGUCGGCUGGGAUGGGCCCUAAGAUUCUGCAUUUCUGUGAAGCUCCCCAGUGAGGCUGAUGCUGCUGGUCCAGUACACGGGCCACAGUUUGAGUGCCAAGGAUCUAGAAAAAGCUACAGAAGUCAGUGAGACUUUUUUUUUUCUUUGGACAUAAUCAUUUGACUGAUCAGUUUGACAGGGUGAAUGUGAGUACAGGUUACCUCUUGGUUUCUGUAAUAUUAUUUUCCUAGAAAAGACUAUGAAGAGUUUCUGCAAAGCAGCCCAUGUAGUCACUGAGUAAGAACCUGUAGAUACCUCUGAGAAGUGGGUGGUGGUUCUGUCCCCUGUGCUGCACUGUGCUCACUGCCCUCCCACCUCUGCUUCUGCAACAGGUGCCUGCAGAACUACAUUCCUGCCCACAGUUUAACCCUCUCCUGCCCAGUGUGCCGCCAGACCUCCAUCCUGCCCGAGAAAGGGGUGGCCGCGCUCCAGAACAACUUCUUCAUCACAAACCUGAUGGACGUGUUGCAGCGAACUCCAGGCAGCAACGUUGAGGAGUCUUCCAUCCUGGAGACAGUCACUGCUGUGGCUGCAGGAAAGCCUCUCUCUUGCCCAAACCAUGAUGGGAAUGUGAUGGAAUUUUACUGCCAGUCCUGUGAGACUGCCAUGUGUCGGGAGUGCACUGAGGGGGAACACGCAGAGCACCCCACGGUCCCGCUAAAGGAUGUGGUGGAGCAGCACAAGGCCUCACUCCAGGUCCAGCUGGAUGCUGUCAACAAAAGGCUCCCAGAAAUAGAUUCUGCUCUUCAGUUCAUCUCGGAAAUCAUUCAUCAGUUAACCAACCAAAAGGCCAGCAUCGUGGAUGACAUCCACUCCACCUUUGAUGAGCUCCAGAAGACUUUAAACGUGCGCAAGAGUGUGCUGCUUAUGGAACUGGAGGUCAACUACGGCCUCAAACACAAAGUCCUCCAGACGCAGCUGGAUACUCUGCUCCAGGGGCAGGAGAGCAUAAAGAGCUGCAGCAACUUCACCGCGCAAGCCCUGAACCAUGGCACGGAAACCGAGGUGCUGCUGGUGAAGAAACAGAUGAGCGAGAAGCUGAACGAGCUGGCGGACCGAGACUUCCCCUUGCACCCGCGUGAGAACGACCAGCUGGAUUUCAUCGUGGAAACAGAAGGGCUGAAGAAGUCCAUCCACAACCUCGGGACCAUUUUAACCACCAACGCCGUCGCCUCCGAGACGGUGGCCACGGGCGAGGGGCUGCGGCAGACCAUCAUAGGGCAGCCCAUGUCCGUCACCAUAACAACCAAGGACAAAGACGGCGAGCUGUGCAAAACCGGCAACGCCUAUAUCACCGCGGAACUGAGUACCCCCGACGGGAGCGUGGCGGACGGGGAGAUCCUGGACAACAAAAACGGCACCUAUGAAUUUUUGUACACCGUCCAGAAAGAAGGGGACUUUACCCUCUCCCUGAGACUCUAUGACCAGCACAUCCGAGGUAGCCCAUUUAAGCUGAAAGUGAUCCGGUCGGCUGACGUCUCCCCCACCACCGAAGGCGUCAAGAGGCGCGUGAAAUCCCCGGGAAGCGGCCACGUCAAGCAGAAAGCGGUGAAAAGACCCGCGAGCAUGUACAGCACUGGAAAACGAAAAGAGAACCCCAUCGAAGACGAUCUGAUCUUCCGAGUGGGUACUAAAGGAAGAAAUAAAGGAGAGUUUACAAAUCUUCAGGGGGUAGCUGCAUCUACAAGUGGAAAGAUACUAAUUGCAGACAGUAACAACCAAUGUGUGCAGGUAUUUUCCAAUGAUGGCCAGUUCAAAAGUCGUUUUGGCAUACGAGGACGCUCUCCUGGGCAGCUGCAGCGGCCCACAGGAGUAGCUGUACAUCCCAGUGGGGACAUAAUCAUUGCAGAUUAUGAUAAUAAAUGGGUUAGCAUUUUCUCUUCAGAUGGGAAAUUUAAGACGAAAAUUGGAUCAGGAAAGCUGAUGGGGCCCAAAGGAGUUUCUGUGGACCGCAAUGGGCACAUUAUUGUGGUAGACAACAAGGCAUGCUGCGUGUUUAUCUUCCAGCCCAAUGGGAAAAUAGUCACCAGGUUUGGUAGCCGAGGAAAUGGGGACAGACAGUUUGCAGGUCCCCAUUUUGCAGCCGUAAAUAGCAAUAAUGAGAUUAUUGUUACAGAUUUCCAUAAUCAUUCUGUCAAGGUAAUAUAAGCACAUCAGUUGUUAACUUUUAAUUGCUUUGUUGUUGUUGUUCUGAAACAAAUAAACUUAGUAGCUAUUUAUUAAGGACCAUCUAUGCACAUGGCAGAUAUAUAAAU